AUGCAGCUCACCGACUCCAACUUCCCGGUGGCUUGGUCCCUGAUGCUAAAGCGCAACAACAACCCGCGUCUGGUCUUCGCUCAUCACAUGAGCGCUAUUUUUUCGUUGCCGAAAUUGCAGAAGGAGUCGUCGGAAGCGCUCCGGACUAUGCUCAGCACCGUCAACGUGUGUCUCGCCGCCUUCAAGCGCGUCAAGGCCUUAGAAGGGGAGGCACACCAUUGGCUGGCAUAUCACGCGGCUUCCAGGCUCCCAAAGGAGACACUCAACGCAUGGGAGCACCAUCAAGGUAGUACGGCAACCGUCCCGUCCUAUGCCGACCUGGAGUCGUUUCUGAACGACCGGCUAGUUGUCAUGGAUGCGAUCGAAAACCGAAGCGCGUCGAACGACCUCAAUCCUGGGCCGGGAUCUUCAGAUGCCAUGCGCCGGGUUCGAGUGCACAACGUGCGAGACGAGUCAGGGCGUCCCGGCUUAAGUUCUCAUCAUUGCAACGGCGGUCACAUUCUGCGCCGUUGUUCGGCGUUUCUAGCCAUGGACGCUUGGAGGCGCAAGGAGAUUGUGGGCAGGGCGAAGCUGUGCAUCAACUGCCUCAGCAAGGCUCAUGCGCUUCCCCGCUGCACCAGCAACAAAGGGUGUCAAAUUUGCGGUCAGCGUCAUCAUACGCUGUUGCACUUGCCGAGUGCAACUCAGCCCGCCAUCGCUUCGCAGGCGCCCUCUGCCCCGACGUCGUCGCUGCAGCCGCGAUCGUCGGUGGCUAAUAAUGGUGAGCAGUCUCAACGGGAAGUCGGCUCCGAAUAUCGAUGUUUUACUUCCUCAUCGCCCUCUAAUCGAGUGGGCAAUGUACUUCUGGCUACAGCACGCAUCACGGUCCAGAACCCAGACAACGGGCUGCAAGCUGUCAUCACGGCGCUCAUCGAUCAGGGCUCCGAAGCGACCAUCGUAUCCGAGCAUGUGGUGCAAUCCCUACAUCUCAGGCGGACAAUGGCGAGGACGUCUAUUGUCGGAGUAGGCCAAGGGGUUGGGUCCAGGAGCAAGAACAUGGAUAAUUUCAAGGUUCUUAGUACUAAUAAUCAUUUCUCGCUAGACGUCUCUUCGGCAUACGUGUUGGACACUGUCACUUCGCUGCUGCCCUGCUCAAGCUUCUCGCCGCAACGAUGGACCCACAUUCAAGGACUUCCGCUAGCAGACCGUGCGAAGAGGAUUGACCUUAUCUUGGGAGUGGACCUUAUCGCGCAGAUCAUGCUGCCCGGUACACGGAUAGGAAGUCCUACGGAGCCAAUUGCGCAACAGACUCAGCUGGGAUGGAUUCUCUCAGGUCAAGCCGCCGGCGCGACCAGUUCCACCCAGAUCCGUUGCCAUCAUGUAGUCUCCGAGGCGGAGUCGCUGCUGAAGGGUUUUUUCGAGGUCGAGACCGUACCAGAGCGGACGGCUCGCACGGAGGAGGAUCGCUGGUGCGAAUCGUUCUUUCAAAGAACGCAUUCCCGACGUGCGGAUGGGCGCUACGUGGUGCGUCUUCCUUUCAAGAGAUAUCUGGACCACAACAUCGUGUUGGGACGAUCCCACCAAGGGGCCCUUAACCGAUUUCUCCAGCUCGAGCGGCGGCUUGCAGCACGCCCGGUGCAAGAAAGGCAGUACGCGGAGGAGAUCGAGGAGUAUUUCACCUUGGGACAAAUCGCUGUCGCGGAAGGAUCCGAGAGCAGCUUAUGUGUUCGCACACCGACCGGAAUGCAUCAUGCAUCUUGUGUGCUACCCCACCACGCCGUCUACAAGGCAGAAGGUCCUGCCACGAAGCAGAGGAUAGUGUUCGACGCAUCCGCAAAAACGAGCAACGGGAGAUCCCUAAAUGAUGUUUUAGUCACCGGACCCCCUCUCCAAAACGACAUGUCUGCUGUUCUUCUCAAUUGGCGAAAAUAUCGUUAUGUUUUUGCAGCUGAUAUCCAGAAAAUGUAUCGUUGCAUUGACGUUCACCCGGAGGACACGCAAUAUCAGCGGAUUUUAUGGCGGGCGGCGGAUGAAACCAUCAAGGCAUACGCGUUGUCGACUCUGACGUUCGGAACGGCAUCCGCACCAUACACGGCCAUAAGAGUCAUACACCAAUUGGCGCAGGACGAGAAGGAUUCUUUCCCAAGGGCCGCCGAGGUCUUGAAGGAAGAGAUAUAUGUGGACGACAUACUAUCUGGAGGGCACACUAUGGACGAUGCGGAAGAGAAGCGGAUGCAAGUCGUGGGAGCUAUAAAAUCCGCACGGAUGGAAUUGCGCAAAUGGUCGAGCAACGAUCCACGAUUGUUAGCCUCGGUCCCGCAGGAACAUCGAUGCUGUCAGACUUUCUUAAACUGGGAUACAAAGGAUCCGGUAAAGGCGUUGGGGAUGUAUUGGCUUCCAGACUCCGACUGUUUCAGGUUCAAAAUUAAUUUUGACUUUCCAGAGUGCACUACGAAAAGGAACUUACUGGCUGCUAUCGCACGACUUUUCGAUCCCUUAGGUCUGAUAGCUCCGGUCAUCAUCGUUGGGAAGCUCAUUUUAAAAGAGGUUACUUCGGUCAAGGUGGCGAGCAGCGAGGGAGUGCAGGUGUCGUUGGACUGGGACUCACCGGUGCCGGCAGUGAUUCUGGAGCGUUGGCGAGCAUUUCGCUCCGACCUCCCAGGAAUCGAGGACAUCACCGUCAGUCGGUGGACGGAGUACGAUCCCGCCUCUGUAGCCGAUGUGCAGUUGCAUGCCUUCUGUGACGGGUCGUCGUCGUCGUAUGCUGCCGCUGUUUACCUGCGAGUCGAGCACGUCAACGGGACCGUCGGUACGACCUUGCUAGCGGCCAAGACGAAGGUCACACCAGUCAAGCCCUUAACGAUACCCAGGACAGAACUAAGCGGAGCAGUACUGGCAGUCAAGCUGGUCAGGUGGUUGUCCACCGCUGUUCGGAUUGACGGAGUUCCGAUGGAAACCUUCUUUUGGACGGACGCCACUAUCGUCUUGCACUGGCUGAACGGAGACGUACAAAGGUGGAAGACCUUUGUGGCCAAUCGAGUUGGAUUCAUCCUGGACCAUUCUGACCCAAGUCAAUGGCGGCACGUGGGUACCGAAGACAACCCGGCGGACUGCGCAACCAGAGGAUUGACUCCGAAGGAGUUACAGAAUUUUACCUUGUGGUGGAGAGGGCCAGGCUGGUUGUCGCGCGAGCGAGAAUUUUGGCCGAAGCAGUUUCCCAGCUCGAUCUUACCAUCCGAGCCAGCGCUGGAAGCGAAAACGGACAAGCUCCGAAUACACCACGUCUCUCCAGUCCCGUCAUUUGUCGUUCGUUUUUCCACGUACAAUCGAGCCGUUCGAGUGGUCGCCUACCUACGACGUUUUGUUCACAACGCUUCGCACAAGCCGAGCCGACGCGCAGGAGCCUUGAGCUUACCCGAGCUCGACGACGCCAUGUUCUGCAUCGUACGGAUGGUCCAGAUGGAGUCGUUCGCGGCGGACCUUCGAUCCGUAAGGAACUCAAAACCGCUUCCGUCCCAGAGCAAGCUGUUGCGGCUGUCCCCCAAUCUGGUGGACGAUAUUUUGCGGGUACGAGGCCGUCUGAGGUUCUCUGCGUUGCCGGCGGACAGGCGCCACCCCAUAAUUCUCCCCAGUACCCAUCAUUUUACCGAUCUGGUUAUUAACUUUUCCCACCUAGCUACGCUUCACGGAGGUGCCCAGCUGACCUUGGCUCAUACGCGCCAGCGGUUCUGGAUCAUCACCGGAAAGCGAUCCGUUCAACGAGUGAUACGAAAAUGCGUUCGCUGCUUUCGCGCCAACCCAACAAUCUCGCCGCAGCUCAUGGGAGACCUGCCUCUUCACCGAGUGAACCCGCCUCAGAGGCCUUUCGUCACGACCGGAGUCGAUUACACCGGAGCCAUUGAGCUCAAAGCGGCGCGGAUUCGGGGGUCGAGCACAUACAAGGGCUAUAUAGCUGUGUUCAUUUGUCUCGCAACAAAGGCAGUUCAUUUGGAGCUGGUGACCGGGCUCACCACGGAACACUUCCUGCUGGCAUUCGACCGAUUUACUGGACGUAGAGGCAUGGUUCAGCAUCUAUAUAGCGACAAUGGCACCAACUUUGUGGGAGCAGACCGUCAGCUAAAGGGUUUGGUGAAACAAUUCCGCGAUGAUUAUGAGUCGCUCAUCGCUCCGAAGUGGGCCCAGCUACGGGUCACUUGGCAUUUCACUCCGCCUCAGUCGCCUAACUUUGGUGGGCUUUGGGAGGCCAAUGUCAAGUCGGUCAAGCACCACCUCAAGCGCGUGAUCGCGGAUCGAAAGCUAACCUACGAGGAGAUGUCCACGGUGCUUAUAAGCAUAGAAGCGUGCCUUAACUCAAGGCCGCUGUGCCCGCUCACAGCGGACGCGGACGAUUUAGACGUGCUCACUCCGGCCCACUUCCUAAUCGGCGACUCCAUGCUUGCGCCCCCGGAGUACCGACCAGCUUCUGCUAAGUUUAGGGAGCAGUUCCUGCUUCAGCAAUCAAUGUUACGGCAUUUUUGGGACGGCUGGAGUAGGGACUGGCUUAGCCAUCUGCAGCAGCGUCCAAAAUGGUCACAAAGUUCGGAGAACCUGAAGUUGGAUGAACUUAUACUCGUCAAGGACGACAGAUUUCCUCCAUCGCAGUGGCUGCUCGGAAGGAUUGUGGAGCUUCAUCCGGGUCAGGAUGGCUUGGUUCGCGUGGUCACGCUAAAAACCCAGCAAGGACAGCUGAAGCGUUCGAUUCUAGGUACAGCUCAGGACGCUCAGGACGCCUAG